GGGGUUGUGAGGUGGGGGAUGGGGGUGUGGACGCCGGGCGAGGCCGGGACCGGGAGGAACACUUGACAACUGACAGGACCGGGGGGAAGACGGCUUCAACAUGCUCGCCCUCGCCCUGCGACGCCUCUCCGCGCCUCUGCGUCAGAGCUGCCAGGUGACUGGAGUCCGAGCCCAGCACAGCAAGUUGGCCCCUCAACCUCAAGUCUUCUCACAUUGGAUGGGACAGGAAAGUCUGGCUGAGAGUGACCCAGAAAUGUGGGAGUUAGUACAGAGGGAGAAGGACAGACAAUGCCGUGGACUCGAGCUUAUUGCCUCAGAGAAUUUCUGCAGUCGAGCUGCUCUGGAGGCACUUGGAUCAUGCCUGAAUAAUAAGUAUUCAGAAGGCUACCCAGGAAGAAGGUAUUAUGGCGGUUCAGAGGUUGUGGAUGCCAUUGAGCUGCUGUGUCAAAAACGUGCUCUGGAAGCCUUCGAUCUGGAUCCAGAGCGUUGGGGUGUGAAUGUUCAGCCCUACUCGGGAUCUCCUGCCAACUUUGCUGCGUACACAGCAGUGCUGAAGCCUCACGACAGGAUCAUGGGGCUGGACUUGCCUGAUGGCGGACACCUGACACAUGGAUACAUGUCUGACGUUAAGAAGAUUUCUGCCACGUCUAUAUAUUUUGAAUCGAUGCCCUAUAAAUUAAACCCUGCUACAGGUCUGAUAGACUAUGAAAGUCUGGAACAGACAGCCCGCCUGUUUCGACCGCUUAUUAUCAUUGCGGGGACUAGUGCUUACUCCAGGCUGAUCGACUACGCCAGGAUGAGGAAGAUUUGUGAUGACAUGAAGGCCUAUUUGCUGGCUGAUAUGGCACACAUCAGCGGGCUGGUGGCAGCAAAGGUUAUUCCAUCUCCGUUUGAGUUUUCAGAUAUAGUCACAAGUACAACCCAUAAGACUCUUCGAGGGGUAAGAGCCGGCCUGAUUUUCUAUCGCAAAGGAGUGAAAUCGGUGAAUAAGAAGACUGGCAAGGAGAUCAUGUUCGACCUGGAAGACAGAAUCAACUUUGCUGUGUUUCCAUCUCUCCAGGGAGGCCCUCACAACCACGCUAUUGCAGGUGUGGCUGUGGCCUUGAAGCAGGCAAACUCUCAGAUGUUCCAGGAAUACUCGCAGCAGGUUCUGAAGAACGCCAAAGCCUUGGCUGGCGCACUGCUGAGCAGAGACUUCACUCUGGUAUCUGGAGGAACAGAUAACCACCUGGUAUUGGUGGACCUGCGACCGAAGAGUAUGGACGGUGCCCGGGCCGAGAGAGUACUGGAGCUGGUAUCCAUCACUGCUAACAAGAACACAUGUCCUGGUGACAAGAGUGCUCUGACCCCUGGAGGCUUGAGAUUAGGUGCUCCUGCUCUGACAUCUCGACAUUUCAAAGAAGCUGAUUUUGAAAAAGUAGUGGAGUUCAUUGAUCAAGGAAUAAAAAUUGCUUUGGACGUUAAGACUAAGACUGGUAACCUGAAGGAUUUCAAGGCCUUCCUCUUGAAUGAUGCGGAGACCAAGUCCAAGAUAGCUGAACUUCGACAAAGGGUGGAGAAAUUUGCUCGGGCUUUCCCAAUGCCCGGCUUUGCAGACCACUAAAUAUGAAACACAAAGAAAACUGGAAAAGUGGGCUGUGUCUUAAUGCUGGUUUUGAGAGAGGCGUGUGUGAGUGAACAUCAUAUGCAUCAUCAGACCUGAUCUGGCGACCAGUUUCAUUCUAACGUCACUGUUUACAUUGUGAAUCUAAUUCUAAAUUUUCUUUUUCCGACUUUAUAAAUUUGAAUGACUUCACUUGAUUUUGAAAUCAAAGUAAGUUUUAGUCACUUGAGUAUGGACUUUGAUCGUUUUUCACACUUACAGUGGGGUGGGGCAAAGAUGUGAAGGGAAAUGUGUUAAAGGUCAGUAACAUAAACUACAGCAAUGGAGAUUUUAUAAAUUCAUCUCAAAAAUGUUAGUUUCUGGAGGCUGGCUAACUUGUCAGGUAACAUAGUGGAAUCCGCUGUAGCUGGACGCUGGUUAACCCGAACUUUGGGUAAAACAAAUAAAACACCGGGCUCCCAGUUCAUUUGUAUUCUUACUUGAUUGAAAUACGCCUGUUAAUUCGGACGAAAAUCCAGUUAAUCCAGGCAAAAUGCCGCGCUAGUCACUGCCGAAUGUGCUCUGUCUCUCGAGCAGUUCCAGGAUGGAGAUGGGAGGAGUCCCAUUGCGUUCGACAACGGAAUCCAUCCAUUCACAGGCGGCUGGAGUUGGUUUGUCAAUCAGUGAGAAGGCGGAGGAGUGGGAAAGAAUGAAGGGAGUGGGAAUGGGAGGAGACAAAUCGUGAUUGAUUGACAGCAGACUCAACCUGUUCACAAGCGGGUCGGGGGGUGGGGGGGCAGUGACUGCAUCCAAAAAAGGCCAGUUAGCAGCGGCUCCAAGGUGAUUGAUGCUUCCCGGAGCCGCCCCUAAUUGGUUCCCCUUCCCAUCUAAUGGGAAUGUCAAUGGGAGGGAAGAGGCGCUCAGCAGAGGAGACGGUGAGAAGAGAAAGGCAAGAACUUGGGUUACUGGUCACCGGGUAAAACUCCCUGCCCCGAUGCGUCCGGCUAAAGAGGAUUCCACUGUGUAUAAGAGGGAUGGGGAAGGGAAUUAUUUGCUUCUGGAGUAGGGUAUCCAAAUUAAGUGACAACAAGUUAACAAGUUCUCACUUGCCACGUUCCAUCACAAGCUGCCAUUUUGCUACCAUGGUAUUAAAGGAAUUGUGGCGCUUCAGUGUUAAAACUCCCUAGCAUUACUUCUGCUGAUUUACAGUAUCUUAUCAAUUCAUUGUGAAUCAUGAUCUCAGUGCAAGGUAAAAACAGUAGCUAGAGGUACAUGCGUUUUAAAUUUCCAACCCCGUUUUAUCAGCUCAGAUAUUUCGUAAGAUGUGCAUUAUAAUUAACUAGCUGUGCAGAGUAUAAUAUGAUCUAUACUCUGAUUGCGAUUAUUUGAGGGACCUGUCUCCACUAUGUGGACAAUACUCAACAUGACUUUUCUGGGUUGCCUUGUGGGUGAUGUGAGGCUUUGAGCACAAUAAAUGUUCUUCAGAUUUGAGUGUUCAACUCAUCAAGAAAUUA